CUUCUUUCUGUGCCGCCCCAUUUUCCUGUCUGUCAAAUCAAAUCAAAUAUAUACCAAAAAACACUGACAUACAUUCAUGGAGAUAUAGAAUUAUAGAUAGAUACAUACAUACAGCUUUCCUUCGCUGUUUUUCCCUAAAAAGAAAAAGCUGAGGGAUUCCCACUGCCCUUUACUUUCCAUGGUUUUUCAUCUGUCCUCUCAGUCUCCAUUUUUCUUUUCCUUCCAAAAAAUCUCAACUUUUUCCAUUUUUUCUCAUCAAUUUCUGCUUUCAGGUUUUUGAUUGAUCUUCAUCUGAUCGCUUUGGACUCCCAUCUGGUUUUCACUAAGAUUGGAACUGCAAUUAGUAUUUAUAUCCAUAAUCCACUGAGAAGUUGAAAAAAUGGGGUUGGUGUUAGAAGUUGGAGUUAAACUCCGGAAAAUUGUGUUGAUUUCAUACAGAUCAGUUUGCAAUCAUCCAUUUCUUGCUGGGAUGCUGCUUUUUCUGCUAUUUCUGUACAGAUCGUUUCCUUUUUUGUUUACCCUUUUGGUUUCGACGUCCCCGGUUUUAGUCUGCACUGCUGUUCUUCUAGGAACCCUUCUGAGUUUUGGCCAAACCAACAUACCCGAAAUCGAAAGGGAAGAGAAGGUUACCUGUGAUGACGUUGCUUCUCUUAGAACUAGGGGUUUAGGGGAUGACACUGUUGUGCUUGAGAGAGGUGGGAGCUUUUCCGCGGAGAGGUUUGUGGGAGAGACUAGGGAUUUGGUUGAUGCAUCCAUAGAGAAAGCGAGUAGUGAGGUUGUGGAUCGUGAUGGUUUGGGUGUUUAUGUGCCACUUAUUAGUGAGGAUUUGCAAAACACUGAUAGUGAGAAGAGAGUGAAUGAGGAUUGCGAUGGUUCGGUUAUUUAUGUGCCACUUAUUGAUCAGGGUUUGCAAAACAUUGGUGGUGAGAAGAGAGAGAUUGAGGAUGCGGAGAGAGAAUUAGACAGUUCGGAGUUGGGAGAGCGGAGAAAGAUUGAUAAUGAUCACUUGGGGAUUGAAGGCAUUGACUGGGAUGUGGCAGCUGUUGAUCAGCAGUACACUUUUUUUCAAAAGGUUCAAGAUGAGAUUCGUCGAGUGGAAAACGAUGAUACAUCUCCUCGUGGGUCAGGUUAUGCUCAUGAGGGUGAUCACUUGUAUUCUGCACUGCUUGGGAAUGGUGGUGGUGAUGAUGAGGCUGUUGAGCAGCAGUAUACUUCUUUUCAAAAGGUGCGAAAUGAGAUUUGUCGAGUGGAAGACGAUGAUAUAUCUCCUCGAGGGUCAGGCUAUGCUCACGAUGAUCACUUGUAUUCUUCACUGCUUCGCAGUGGGGGUGAUGACAAGGCUGGUGAAGAUGUGGAUGAUGAGGCUUCAGAUUCUGAGUCAGAUCGAGCGGAGAGUUCCUCGCCAGAUGCUUCAAUGGCUGACAUUCUUCCGAUGCUUGAUGAGCUGUACCCUCUUUUAGACUCAGAAGCUCCACAGCCAGCUCAUGUGUCCCAUGGUCAUGAGUCCGAUGCUGCUUCAGACCAGUCUAACAGGAGCAAUGCUGGCAGUGUUGAGUCUGAUGUGGAAACUGAAAACCACAGUGAAGAAGUAGGAGAGGAUGGGAAUGAUUAUAAUGACGGUGACAAGGAAGAAGCACCAGAUGGGAAGGAUGAUGAAAGCAAAUCUGCGAUCAAGUGGACCGAGGAUGACCAAAAGAAUCUCAUGGAUUUGGGGAAUCUGGAGCUCGAAAGGAACCGACGGUUGGAGAACCUUAUUGCAAGGAGAAGAGCAAGGAAAAGCUUCAAAAUAACGGCAGAGAAGAAUCUAAUUGAUUUUGAUAGUGUUGAUCUUCCGUUUAAUGUUGCACCAAUUUCAACAGCAAGACACAACCCAUUUGAUCUGUCAUAUGAUUCCUUUGACAACUUGGGGUUACCACCCAUUCCUGGGUCUGCUCCGUCUGUAAUGUUGCCAAGGCGAAACCCCUUUGAUCUUCCUUACGAAUCAAAUGAAGAAAAACCUGAUCUAAAGGGAGACCCUUUUGAGCAAGAGUUUAUGCCGAAUCACGCCAAGGAUGCAAUCUUCCGAAGGCAUGAAAGCUUCAGUUUUGGACCAUCAACCUUAGGGCAGCCAAGGCAAGAGAGGCAAGAUUUUAAGUGGAGACCUGUUUUUGUACCAGAAAGGUUGGCUUCAGAAGGAACAAGCAGUUCCUUAUUUCAAAGACAAUUAAGCAUAGUUAGCGAAUCAAAGUUGAGUUCUGUUCCCGAUACCGAAUCAGUGAGUUCUGCUGCAGAUCUGGAUGAAAGGAAUUUCAGUGAGCAAGACUUUACUAAAGAAGCAGAAGUGAUAUCCAACAUUUACCAUGCUACUGAUGAUCUUGUUGAGCACGGAAGUCAAUCCUCUGAAGACGUAGAUUCUCUGGAAAUGGAACAGGCCGGAAAAAGAGAUGUUCAACAUAAUGAGCUUGAAAUAAAAUUGGUUGAAUCGCAAGACCUGGAACCGAGCUUGGCUGGUGCAACUGGUUUGGCUACUCAUGUGGAACAUGUUCACGAAGAUCAUUUCAAACCAGAACCGAUUGAAGAGGACAACAGCAGUACGUCAAGCUUGUCAUCAUUGACAGAAGUGGAUGAAAAGAUUGCAGAUGUAGUGGAAGGUGGAUCAACCAGUUUGGAGGCAAGCGGUGAUAUCACCAAGGAGUUUGUAAUUUCGCCACAACCUUCACUGAAGGAGUCAGAAGUCCAGUUUAUGAGCAGGACACUGAAUGAAGAUGAACACGAUGAGCCAGUCUAUGACUCAACCCCCCUACCAACUGAAAAGAUCCUUUCCUUUAACUCUAUUUCUUCUGAUAUACAAGCAGAUGUAUCCGAAAUGGUUACACCUCCAGCAUUAGCUGAAGUGCAAGUUCCGUUUGUAGACUGGCGUUGUGAAGUGUAUGGUCAGAGCACAGACAAAGAUACUUCAGGUUUUGUAGAGACAAGCGGUGCCACCUCAAAAGUACAUGCAUCAGAUGAAAUUGAAAGAAGCUUGGGGACAGGCAACCAAGUCGGCUUAGUGGUUUCACAUUCAGAGGACGAUAUCUCUCUCCCUAAGAUUUUUGACAUGAAGACAGCUGAUUGUAGUUAUCAAUCUGUUCUCUCUGAAGAACAGCCGUCAUCAGAGCUGGAUAAAGUCCUUUCCUGGUCAGAUAAAUCCAUGGUUGAACCAUAUCUUGAUGAUCAUGUGGAAGCACUUAUUAUUAAAGAAGAAGUAGAUGACAUAAAGGAGAUUGAUGCAGGGUUACUGUCGGAAUUGGAUGCAGUUGGGGACUUCAGUACGAAUGAAGUUGGUGAGGCACUCCAUACAGAGGAGCUGAUUCCAGAGGAAGCAAAUGUUUUAAGCACUGAAUUUGGUGAUUUAAACCUGUCAGAAUUGAACCAGGAGCUACCAGUUGUUGAAGCAAGAUCAAUUGAAAAUAUUGACACAGAUUUUAAGCAAAUGCAUAAGGGACUAGCUGUUGAGGAAGUCAUUCUUCCCAGUGUGGUUGACGAUCAGCUAGUGGUGGAAGCAUCCAAAAAUACUGUCCAGACCAGUUCAGAGUUGCCAAUUGUUGAAGCAAGAUACUUGGAAGAUUCAGAAUUGCCUACUGUUGAAGAGAGGUACUUGGAAGCAUCUGAAAAUACUGUCCAAACCAGUUCAGAGUUGCCAAUUGUUGAAGCAAGCUACUUGGAAGAUAAUGUCACCGAUUUAAAGCAAGAUUCAGAAGGUAAUGUUAAUAAGCUGACGCAAGUUAAUGUUGGUGAGCUUUCAAAUGGGUCGGAAGAAGUAGGAACCACCGGUGUGGAUUCUACGGAGGUGGUUGCAUCAAGCAAUACAGCAUCAAGUGUUCAAGAAGAUAUCAAUGCAGAUACUGCUUUGGAGCAAGUCUUAGAAAGUCAUGUUGAUGAGUUGCCAAAGGCGACGUCAAUUUCGAAUGAUGGGUCUGAAGAAGUACGAUGUAAUGCCAUGGGUUCUUUGGAUGAGAUGGCAUCAAGCAACAUAAUAUCGGGCUGUCAACAAGAAAAUAUCACUAUUCCGAAGCAAGUCUCAGACAGUCAUGUUAAUGAUGGAUCGGAAGUAGGAACUGGUGCAAUAGUUUCUACGGAAGAUAUUGCUUCAAGCAAUACAGUAUCAAGUGUUCAAGUAGAUACCAAUGCAGAUACUGCUUUGGAGCAUGAGUUGGCAGAAGCAACCUCAAUUUCAGAUGAUGCAUCGGAAGAAGUAGGAAUUGGUGCAAUAAGUUCUAUGGAGGAGGUUGCAUCAAGCAAUAGUGUUCAAGAAGAUAUCAAUGCAGAUACUGCUUUAGAGAAAGUCUCAGAAAGUCAUGUUACUGAGUUGCCAAAAGUGAUAUCAAUUUCAAAUGAUGGGUUUGAAGGAGGAACUGGUGCAGCGGAUCCUGCGGAGGAGAUUGUAUCAAGCAAUAUGCUAUCGAGUGUUCAUGAAGAUAUCACUACUCCGAAGCACAUCUCAGAAAGUCAUGUUAAUGAUGGAGCAGAAGAAACAGGAACUAAUUCAAUGGGUUCUACGGAGGAGAUUGCAUCAAGUGAUAUGCUACCAAGUAUUCAAGAGAAUAGUACUCUGGAGCAGGUCUCGGAAAGUCAUGUCGAUGAGCUUUUAAAACCAACAUCACAUUUGAAGGAGCGAUUGUCAGGACUAGGAGUUAAUGCAAUGGCGUCGACUGAGGAGAUUGCAUCAAGCACCACAGAACAUGGUGUUCAAGAAACUAUAACUAGUCCUAUUGCUUUCGAGCAAGUCUCGGGAAGUAAUGUUGAUGGUGAGCCGCCAAAACCAUCUACACAGAACAUAUUGGCAGAGGUAGUACCUCAUGCAACGGAUCUUCCAGUUGAGAAUAUAAAACACGAAAACUGA